GCAGGUUUCUGUCGCUCGAGAAAGGGAAGAAGAGGGCUCAUUUGCGCUUUGUCUUUUCUAGCAUCUCGUAUUUCGUUCACAUCGGUUGGUCGCCUUGUGCGUUAAGACAAUAGCCAAACUGCAUUUCUAUUACAAGAUCUACGCGUAUCUGCUUGUUGUCCUUCUCCUCAAAAUGCUCCAGUCUCUCGCCAGUAAUUCGUGCGUUCGCUUGAUACAGACUCAUAAAUCAACAUGGUAUUUUAUUUCCCUGGUAUUGGGUUAUAUUCUUUAUCUGAUAUUUGGUGCGGUGGUGUUUUCCUCCGUGGAGCUGCCAUACGAAGACCUUCUGCGUCAGGAGCUAAGGGCCAUCAAAAAGCAGUUCCUCCAAGAGAAUGAGUGUAUAUCUGAGGAGCGUCUGGAGCGGUUUUUAAAGAGAGCCCUGGACGCAAGUAAUUAUGGGGUUUCUAUCCUGAAUAACGCCUCGGUCAACUGGAAUUGGGAUUUCACCUCUGCGUUGUUUUUCGCCAGCACCGUGCUAUCCACCACAGGUUAUGGACACACUGCCCCACUCUCAGAUGGGGGUAAAGCAUUUUGCAUUAUCUACUCUGUGAUCGGCAUACCUUUCACACUUCUCUUCCUCACUGCUGUGGUGCAAAGGAUCAUGGUCUUCAGCACUCGGCGGCCCAUUGCAUAUUUCCACACUAACUGGGGCUUCUCCAAACCUUUGGUUGCCAUUGUCCACGCAGCUGUCCUCGCCGUUUUGGCUGUUUCCUGCUUCUUCAUUAUUCCAGCCGCCAUCUUCUCUGCGCUGGAGGAGAACUGGAACUUUUUAGAGUCUUUCUACUUCUGCUUCAUCUCUCUCAGCACCAUUGGCCUUGGUGACUAUGUGCCCGGAGAGGCCGCCAACCAGAAGUUCAGAGAGCUCUACAAAGUGGGCAUCACAGUGUACCUGAUCCUGGGCCUGAUCGUGAUGCUGGUGGUGCUGGAGACCUUCUGUGAGCUGCAGCAGUUGAAGCAGCUCAGGAAAAUGUUCUACCUGAAGAAAGAGAAACCUCAAGACCGCAUGGCCAUUUUGGAGCAUGACCACCUGUCCUUCACCACAGUGUCCGACCGAAGCCCAGGCCAACUCGACGAGAAGUCCCAUGGGUUUGAGAGUCCCCGCAGAGUGCUCACUUCACAUGAUGAUCCAAUAUUACAGUAAAAAAGCACACAGCAAGAAAACACAGUUAGUAGACAUUAUGUUAUUGGGAACAAGGAUUAGUUUACAGUAAGAGCUUGCAUUUGUCACAAUGCUUCACAUAAGUUAAACUAGAUCAGAUUGUUCUUAUAAGGAAAACUCAUUUGGUAACAGCACAAUAUAAAGAAUUAAGUAAUUACAUAAAAAAUAUUAUUUAGGUAAUAAUUACAGAAAAUCUUAUAAUUUACAUUGUGUUAGUUCAUCAUGCAGUUAAACAUUCUUAUUACAGGUAUUCUUUAUUAGUGUUUAAUAGGGGAACUUAAUUUUGUAGUGUUACCAGCUAUUCUAAUAAAAGUAGAAAGGUUAUCUAAAAUGCUGCAUACAGAGAACUAUCAACAAUAAUGGUACAGUUAACAAAUAAGGUAAUUACCGGUAGUUUUAAAAAGGCAUACAAACACUCAAACUUGGAAUUACCAUAUACACAAUGUAUGGUUGCUUUGUGAAAUGUACAUAAUGAGACAUAUGUGGCGCUUUACAGUAACAUUGUGUCUAAUGGUGAAGUAAUUCUACAUGUAAAUACCUGUGACAGACUGGAGUACUGACUGAACAGAAACUAGAGUCCACAUGUUAUACAUCUGCAAUCAAAAUGUGUCUGAUACCGUAUAUUGUUAGUGUUGCAGUGCAGUUUGUGAUCCGUCCUUGAUUGUGAGAACCUCUAACUUAUUGAUUUGUAUGAAUGACAUGUUGUGUGUGGACUGUGUAAAUGAGGAAGUGGGAUUAGUCUAGGGUGAAAAGGGAACCACAUAUGGCCUAUCAUUUGCUUUUGACUGUCAAUACAAUGAGCCUAAUUUGCACAUGGACUGCAGCCAGGCAGUAGCACUUGUCUUAAAGGAUUUCUCUUUAAUAGAAAGGGGGCAUAGUGUCAAAUCUACUGUUCCUACUUUUGAUAAUAUUUAUAAUCAAUUUGCUGCAUUUGUUAAACUGAAAAUGGGAGAGACUUUUUGCUGUAUUUAAACUGACUGUAUAGGUAUUAUACUGAAAAAAGGUUGCAUAUCUUUUGAAGAUAUCUUUUGAACAUUAAGUAGUAAGAAAGUACAUGCAGCUACUGUGCAUCAUGCAGUUAUUACUGCCACUUAUGGUACCUUUUACUUGUGCAUUUUUCAUUAUAAUCAUUAUAGUUUACACCUUUAGACAGCAUAUACUUGCUUAUUAUGUUAUGUCAAUGAGGUAUGAAUCUCUGCUGAUAAUUUAAGUGUCUUUAAAAGUAUGUCUUAAUGGUGACACAAUGUAAUUACCUCAUUUUUACAUAGUUCUGUUUUUAUUUUAUGUUUGAAUGCAAUUCUUUUGUCUACUUCUGAGAUCAGGGACUGUGGUGCACAAAUCGGUACAUAUCAUGAAGUGACAGAUCUUGAGGUGACAGAGCUGCUCAGUGUCAGAAAGUAUGCAACAUGCAAUUACUACAUUGGUAAAAACAACAUAAUAACUGAAAAAAAUAAUUACUCAAGAUUAACAUUUAUGUGAAUCUUGGCUAAAUCAUUAUUAUUUCAUGGAUAAUUAUUGCUAUAUUAUUUUUAUUUCAUUCUAUUUUUUUGUAAAUUGCAGUUGCUUAGAGAGCAGUUAUGAAAAAUGCAAUAUAUUGUGCAACUCUACAAGACUCUAACUAAAUAACUGCUUGUAAACAUUUCCAUAAUCUGAUUGGAACCUGCCCAUGCCUUAAGUUCAGUGUUAUCUGUUAUGUAAUAUUGUCAAUGCCUUUCAACAUUACAGCUCGCAGUGUUUGUCUUUCUGUAUGCGCUAGUCUGUGUCACAAAAGGACUGUCAUCGGAGCAAGUAGGGAGAUGUCACGGUAUAUAUACUGGAAACAAUCUUAUGUUAUUUAUUUAUGCAUAAUGUGAUUCUGCAAUGUGUAAAAUGAUGUCUGUACAUAUAUUUUUUAGUUGAAGUGGCUGUAUGCACAGUAUUAUAGAGUAAUGUCUAAUAAAAUUGUAGUAAACUACAAGGCAGCCACAGCACCACUUAUGUAAAAAUGAAUGAGUCAAAAAAUGCUGUAAAAUAUUGGUGUGACUUGAAUAAAGUGUUGUUUGGCAUACAUUUUAAAAA